UCUAGGACGUCCCCAGACGAACUUUGACUUAGACCGCGGGGGCACAAUGCUGGGGAGGAACCCGCCAGCCCGACGGCUUCAUUUUUAGAAGGAAGAAACUGAGGCUGGGAUUGAAGCAGUGGCUAGAGAGAGGGCAGAACCCCAAGAAAGGGAGGCGCGCCUCCCCAUAAGUAGGCAGGACUCAGUGGGGAGGGAGGACGCAGGCGAGACGACCAGCCACCUGUCUGCAGCAGCCACAGCCAGCCCGUCGAUCCCGCAAGUGGUCGCUCUCCCUCCGGCCCCGCCCCCGCAGCAUGCAGUGAGAGCCUGUCGGACCCGAGCCGCUGCCCACAGUCCAGCAGCCGCGCCUGCCCGAUCCUCUCCCGUCUACGCUCUCCAGUGCACCAGCGCAUCCAGCUCAAGAUGCAGCGGUGCGGCCGCAGCCUCCUGUUCGCCUCCCUCAUCCUGUGUGCCACGCUGUCCGAGACCCUGGGGCUCGUGCUCUCCGCCAAGGAAAAGAGAGGCUGGACCUUGAACAGUGCUGGGUAUCUCCUUGGUCCACAUGCGGUCGAUAACCACAGAUCAUUUAAUGACAAGCAUGGCCUCGCUGGCAAACGGGAGCUCCAGCCUGAAGAUGGCAUGAAGUCAGGAAACUUCGCAAGACCCACAACUGAUGACAACAUUGUGCGUACCGUACUUGAGUUUCUGACAUUCUUGCAUCUCAAAGAAGCUGGGGCCCUUGAUAGUCUGCCGUUGGCAAUCUCCUCAGAAGAAACAAAUCAGCCCUGAGAGAAUGUGCUUGCUUUUGUCUGUGUUUGUGAGCCUCAAGUCCCAUUUUACUUUGAUGGGCUUUGAUGGAAUGGAGUUCAAGGUGUGGUGGUUGAUAGUCAUCUAGAAGCUUGACAUGUAGUAAACUCCUCCUGUCUCUUCUCCCCUCCCUGCUGUGAUGUUAGAACCCAAGAUUUUGUUUUCGUAAAUAUUUUACUUUAUGUGAUAAAAUAAAAAACAGCAAAGGA